AGGAGGAGGACCUGACUGAGACACUCUUGUCCUCCUGCCGACACUUCCACACAGGCGUUAAUUCAACACGGGACCGUUGAGGAGACUUAGUCCAUCGCUGUCUCUGUGGUCAUCGGAGUCGGACUGUGAGGAGGACUGCUGCCACCAUUAGCCCGUUAGCUCCGGCUACAUGGCAAGCUAGCAUAAUAUAGCUAACCCCCCCUUAGCUUCUAGCUUCAUCUGAGCACCCGGACCCGGCGAAGUGAGGAGACGAGGAGGGGAAUGGCAAGAGUUGGCUUGGAAAGCCCAUUCAGAAGAAAUAACGACUAACCAGAAUAAACCAGCCCAAUUUCUUUAGUUCUUUAGAUCCACGGUUGUUGGUGUUGCUGUAAUCCCCACCAUGGUGCAGAAGUACCAGUCCCCUGUGCGGGUGUAUAAGCAUCCCUUUGAGCUGGUGAUGGCGGCCUAUGAGCGCCGGUUCCCCACCUGUCACCUCAUCCCCAUGUUUGUGGCGAGCGACGUGGUGGAAGAGGAGACCAAUGAGGACGGUUCCAUCAACAGGGUGGAGCGACGCUGUGCCCUGGAUGUCGACGCCCCGCGCCUGCUCAAAAGGAUUGCAGGUGUGGACUAUGUCUAUUUCAUCCAGAAAAACACGCUGAACCGGAAGGAGAGGACACUUCACAUCGAGUCCCAUAAUGAGACCUUCUCCAACAGGGUCAUCAUCCAUGAGACCUGCUGCUAUUCGGUUCAUCCGGAGAAUGAGGACUGGACGUGUUUUGAGCAGACGGCCAGCCUGGACAUCAAGUCCUUCUUUGGCUUUGAGAGCACUGUGGAAAAGAUCGCUAUGAAGCAGUACGCCAGCAGUAGUAAAUAUGGAAAAGAAAUCAUAGAGUUCUACCUAAAGGAGCUCCAAGAUGAAGGGAUCACCCAUGUGCCACGCUGGACUCCCUCCUCCCUUCCCCUGCCUCUUCCCAGACCAACCAGCCUCGCCACCAGCCCACCUGUUGACCCCAAACCCGCUGUCACGCCUGCCAUUUUGAUCCCGCUGCCCACUGAUGCCAAGGACAGCACCUCUCAGGAUGCCAAGCAGGACAGCAGCGUACUUCAGGCAGACAGCUUAACAGAGAUCUUGGCAGGGACUCCCGAAGAUAAGUUGGAUGCAGACUAUAUCAAGCGUUACCUCGGCGACCUGACCCCCCUGCAGGAGAGCUGCCUGAUCCGACUUCGCAAAUGGCUGCAGGAGACGCACAAGGGAAAGAUCCCCAAGGACGAGCACAUACUGCGUUUCCUGCGUGCCAGGGACUUUAACAUUGACAAGGCGCGGGAGAUCCUUUGCCAGUCGCUGACCUGGAGGAAGCAGCACCAGGUUGACUACCUGCUGGAGACCUGGACCUCACCACAGGUCCUCCAGGACUACUACACUGGGGGCUGGCACCACCAUGAUAGAGAUGGUCGUCCUCUGUACAUCCUGAGGCUGGGCCAGAUGGACACCAAAGGGUUGGUCCGCGCCCUUGGAGAGGAGUCUCUGCUCAGACAUGUGCUGUCCAUUAAUGAGGAGGGCCUGAGACGCUGUGAGGAGAACACCAAGGUGUUUGGCCGACCCAUCAGCUGCUGGACGUGUCUGGUUGAUCUUGAGGGGCUGAACAUGCGUCACCUGUGGCGACCAGGCGUCAAGGCGCUGCUGAGGAUCAUUGAGGUCGUGGAGGCCAACUAUCCCGAGACUCUGGGACGGCUGCUUAUCUUGAGAGCUCCCAGGGUUUUCCCGGUCCUCUGGACACUGGUGAGUCCAUUCAUUGAUGAAAACACCCGCAAGAAGUUCCUCAUAUAUGCAGGCAAUGACUACCAGGGUCCUGGGGGGCUGGUGGACUACAUAGAUAAGGAGAUCAUCCCUGACUUCCUGGCAGGAGAGUGUAUGUGUGAGGUGCCAGAGGGCGGCCUGGUUCCCAAGUCGAUGUACCGCACAGCCGAGGAGCUGGAGAACGAAGAUGUCCGCUUGUGGACCGAGACCAUCUACCAAAGCGCCAGCAUCUUCAAGGGAGCUCCACACGAGCUUCUGAUCGAGAUCAUCGAUGCCUCCUCUGUCAUCACCUGGGACUUUGACAUGUGCAAAGGCGAUGUGGUUUUCAACAUCUACCACUCCAAGCGGGCCCCCCAGCCUCCGCGCAAAGACCCACUGGGAGCCCAUGGCAUCACCUCCCCAGUAGGCAACAACGUCCAGCUUAUUGACAAAUCAUGGACGCUGGGGCAAGAUUACAGCAUGGUGGAGUCCCCGCUCAUCUGCAAGGAGGGCGAGAGUGUGCAGGGCUCACAUAUCACGCGGUGGCCAGGUUUCUACAUCCUCCAGUGGAAGUUCCACAACAUGCCAGCCUGCUCUGCCACCAACCUGCCCCGAGUGGACGACGUGCUGGCCACUCUGCAGGUCUCCUCGCACAAGUGCAAAGUCAUGUACUACACUGAGGUUCUGGGCUCUGAGGACUUCAGAACGGCUUGCUGUGAUGUGCAGAGUCUGGGUUCAAUGACCAGCCUGGAGUCCAGCCACAGCGGCUUCUCUCAGCUCAGCGCCGCCACCACCUCCUCAAGCCAAUCACAGUCCAGCUCCAUGAUCUCCAGGUAGAAACCAGGAGCUGAGGACCCCCCCCCCCCUUCCACUGCCCUUACCAUCUACACAGAAGCCAACUGUCCUCCUGCCCCUAUUGGUCAUCUUUGGACUCUGUUCCUCUUGCACAGCCAGUCUCUGUGGAACUGAAGCAUGCUUGCACAAACAGAAGACAAAGAAUUUAAAAAAAAAAAUCUGAGGCAAAAAGAAAAAAACAGACUGUGUACACAAUUUAAAGGGCUGAUUUUUGCACAAAGGUCAUAUAUUUUUUUGUGCCUGACAUCUGUGCCGGGCAGCAGUUUGAAUCAGAACAUAAGCGAAUGUUUGUUUGUGUGGAGAGGUCAAAGGUCGGGAGGUGAAUUGUGGUGCCUUUGUGGUACCAGAAGCUGCAAGAAGCAAUAUUCUCAUCCUUGGAGCGAUGGGGACGUAAUGAAGACACUGGAGGCACUGUUACAUAUAUGCAUUCACAUCUCCUCCUACAUUUACAGCACUGAGACGAUGCAUACCUCAUUCAUGUGCACUCUCUGAAAAACUGGAUGUGCUGUUACAUACAAACACACACACAAGCAGAAACACACACGUCUGAUGACAUGCAAAAAUUGACAGUGUUUGCCAUAUUACCAGAGGAUUGUUCAAUCUGGUGAAUUGUUUAUAGGUCAAGCGUGGGUGGGCGGGGUAAACCAUGAACUGGACCUGGGUCAAAGACUUUUUUGUUUUUGUUUUUAAAUCAGCAUGGAGUUACGGAGUGGGUGGAGCUUACCAAAUCAAAACAAUGCGGAUGAUGUCAGCAAAGUUGCCCGUUGACAGGAAAAUGUGUCGAUAUUUUCCCGUGGCCGUGUGAGCUUUCUGUCAUUUCAUUUUAUUGUCUCAUGUGGCGAGGCCCCACCCCUCCGUCUCACGAGGGCUUUAUCACAAGCAUUUGAACCUUUGACCCGGAGUCUGACUCUUAGCGAAGUAACUCCUCUAGCAGCAAUAACACGAAUUUAACUUUCUACUGUGUGAAAUAUUUCUAUUUAUCAUCAAGAUGUUUGUGGAUGAUCAUGGGUGCUGAUUGCAGGUUUCUGUUGUGUACCGGCAGACAUGGACAAACUGAGCCAGUAAACAAAGUUUCGUGGCGCCACUUCUUGUCUCUGUUACCACCCUGUCAGGAGAGAAACAAAAAUAACUUGCCAGAUUUUCUCUCCUGAGCACUUUUUAAAAUUUUAUUCAGAAUGAUCACAGUUAGCUUUAUUCCAGCGUCUGCACGAUUGAGGAACUCGGCUCAAAAUCAAGCCAUGCCUUGUUACUGAGUUGUGAAUGUGCUACUGAUUGGCUAGUGCUCGCCAGCCAAUGAAAUGCCUGAAUUUGGAGGGUUGUGAUGUAACUGGGGCAUCAUUCAUGAGUUACUUUUCAGAGUGAUGUAGAUUUCAGUGUGCAUUAUGGAUGAAUGUUUGUGAUUAUCAUUUGACAGCGCGCCAGUAGAUGACAUAUUGAUACUGUACAUGUGCUAGUUGGAGUGUGUUACUGUCUUUUGGAGAUGAGUACUUGACGGGGUGAUGCGGUGUGGUGUGUUGCUGCAUGCUCACGUGGUGAUUGGGUUUACAGAUAUUAUUAUUUAAAGAUUUAAGAUAUAGCCAUUUUAAGAGUCAUGUGUCAAUAAAUACCAUUUUAGCCUUUGUAAAGCAUCACUUAGAAACGUACCUGCUUUUUUCAAGGUCACCACUGUAACAGAUUGUGAAUUUAGUGAACAUUUCUUCAUGCAACAGUUUUAUUUGGAUGAGUAGCGAUGAGUACGUUUACAUGCACAGUUUUUCCCCUUAUUCUGAAAAGACAACACUCCUACUGAGCUGUUUACAUGACUAAUAAGAAUGAAUAUUCCACUAACACUCCUGUUUACAUGCAGCCGUGCAUACUCCAAUUAACGUCAUUUAUCACAUCAAAAAAUGGAUAAGUAGAACAGCUGGAGACACUUCUCUUUUUUGGUUUUUUUUUUGCAUCAAAAUAGUUUUUUUACUGCAAUAUUUGCGCAUGGGGCUGGGCGGUAUGGCCAUAUAUAUAUGUAUCUCACAAUAUUUUUGAUUUCCUCAAAAGCUUCAUAAAUGGUGGACUGGGCAACAAAAUCAAAUGUCACAAUAUGACAAAAUACCUAGAUAUUGAUACUGUGACAAUAUUUUAGGGAUGACUGUUUGCACUUGGACACAAUAUUAACCCAGUGAGAUUUUUGAUUAUCAUCAGUAAUGUGGAUUUAAUGACUUGAGUGGGGGAAAACAAGUAUUACAACAAAUAUAACAGUCUGGUAAGUUUAGAAAAUGACAUCACUUUACUGCAGCCUUUAACAUCAGGAAAAGACAACACAACAUAUCAUGAUGUGACGAUAUCCAGACUCUUAGACGGUAUGUGGUCUCAUAUCACGGUAACAGUGUGUCGUGUAUAGUGCCCAGCCCUGUUUGCGCAUAUCUGAGAACCGAUUGAAAUCCAAGUAUGUCAAAAUCUCUAAAAGCAGGUGUGUUUCUCCUUCUGAUCAGAAAUGAGGGCUUUUGGGCAGCCAUCUCUAACCCACAGCUUUGCAAACUGGUGGCGAGAUGGUUUGUGUGCAAUGUAUCUGUGCACUUUGGAGAUGCAAUGCUGCAUUUUAAAGAAAAUCUGUGUGAGACUGUGUGUCGCAAACUGCAGUGAAACCCACAACUGAGGCGCAUAUUUGGAAUUGGCUGCAUACAUGCCCAAAUAAUGCUCUGAAGACCCAACUAUACCAGCACAUGAAUGAUUGGGAAAUGCUAUAUUCGAAAAAACAGCCUAAUUUGGAAUAUUCAAACGGAUUAUGCUGUUUAUAUGACCUGUCUGAAAUGCAGAAUAUUCAGAAUUAUAGGGGGAACACUGGUGUGCAUGUAGCCGUAGCCAUUGACAGCUUCCUGUAGAUGUGAGUCCCUGUAGGGGACAGAUAUUAUCACCAUUGCCAAGAGUCAUUCUUGUGCUGUUGCCAUCUUUACCAAGUGCAGCUGACAGCAAAAGAAGAAACAAACACAUGAGACGGUUUUUCUCCCAACACGAGAAUUAGACUCCUUUCUUUUGAUACAUGAAACUGCUUGGUUUUUUUAAUUAUUGUGAAAGGUCAAGGGUUAACUUUAUGUGUUGUUAACUGCAAUAACAUGGAAUGCUUUACUGAGAAAAAGGACCUCCUCAGAUUUGGGGUUAUAAAAAGUGUGUAUGAUGGUGUGUAAGAGUGAAUGGAAAAUGGUGGGGAUAAAAGCCUGUAAAAAUGUGUGUUGACACUCUUCUUUUCUUCACCUGGUUCUUCCCUCGGGAGGCUUGGGUUUUCCAUUUCUUCUCUGGUUCGACUGAUGAUGAAUCAUCGGACCAAACUUCUCUUAUAGUUGCUUUUGUAUCUUUCUCGCUAUCAUUUCUGUACACUCCAAUUUUGCUAUUUUCAUUUUUCAUAUAUCUCAGAAAGCAGACUGGACCUUGAUUGAAGCCAAAGGCAUUUAGAGGAAGUGGACUCAGAUCAGAUGUUUCAUUUCCGUCUCAGUUCAGUGGAACCAGAAAACUCCCCGUGGUCUUCUGUCUCCUGCCUCUCUGACUUCAGCUCUGACCACGUGCACACAUUUCAUCAAGAUCUCAUCGAUGAAUGAGGGCUAUAACUGUUUGUCUCAACUGUUCAACACAUUUCUCUUUCUCUCUGCUUCCUUCUCUGACGUCGUUGCAUAUCUUCUCUCUUUACCUUGAUGUGAGGAAUUGUGUAAAAAGUACAUGUUUGGAUUAAUGAGAAUAUGGCGCCUUUACAUUUUUUGAAAACAUUAAACUUGAAUUAUGAGAAAAUA